CUGCUUUAUCCAGGCUCUGGCCGUCCUCGGUUUGUGGUGCAUCUCUCGUCGCCAUUCCGUCUUAAUACCCAUGCUAUUUUGACUCUGCUAUCUUUCCCACAAGCUUUACCAGUCAAGCUUCGUUGGUGCGAAGCUCCUCUCACUUCUGCCUGUUGUCCUGGACCUGAACAGUCCUACUCCGCAAUCAUGACCGCCGGACUCAAGACGAUCAUCGCCCUCUCCUUUGUUCUCGCCAUUGGCUUCCUGCUUGUUAUCCUGUCAUCGGCGCUCUGGCACAACUUCCUCCCACUGGUCGUCGUUGCGACUUACGUGGUUGCUCCCCUGCCCAACUGGAUCUGCUCGCGAUGCGCAAACCCCGAUGACUUUAUGGAUAGCUCUGGCAAUGCUGCUGCUGAUUUUGGUCGUUUCCUGACGGGCUUCCUGGUGCUGAUGGGUAUUGCCCUCCCCGCCGUUCUUGCGCACAGCGGCGCUAUCGAGAUCCCCGCCAUGAUCAUGUCCAUCAUUGGCGGUCUGUUGAUCUACGGAACCAUCAUCAGUUUCUCCAUGUUCUUCAGGGAACAGGAAGACUUUUAAAUUGCCAUGCGCACCGAUAUCUGCAAGACCAGAUUUCGCAUUGGAUACCCGCUCGCAGAUUGUUGAUCGACCUUUUGAAGCAAGCCGCCUUCCAUGUUCUUGACCAAUGCACCUUUAUGAGACAUCCGUUUUGAUUUGACGUAUGCUAGGCGUACUGAUGUGCUUUUUGAUGCCCCGGGAGUCGCUGUUGAUUUUACUCUCGUUGUUCAAUGAUACGAUUGAUGUACUAUAGCCAGUACGAGGUUAUAUAGAAACUCUGCCAGUGCAGUGUGAUACAUUCCUUUAUCCAGAUGCAUAAACCCAUA